GGUUUUUGGAGAUUUAGGGGUGAGAGGUUUUCCAGAAGAGUCAGUCAACACAAUCAGCUUCCAUGGAUUCAUCUCUGAACUCCGCCGAGCUCCAGCACUUUAUCUCUCAUGAAAAAGAGAAGGCCAUGGUUAACGAAAUGGUGGCAAAGCUCACAACUGUAUGCUGGGAUAAAUGCAUCACUAGCACACCGGGCAGCAAGUUCAGCUCCAGCGAAUCAACUUGUCUUUCCAACUGUGCUCAGCGCUAUAUGGAUAUGAGCCUCAUAAUCAUGAAACGAUUUCAAUCAAUGCAGUGAAGGUUGCAGAGCAUCUACUGGAUUUUCAGUUAAUUUUUGGCUAUAUUUUGAUGGUGCCAUCAUAAGUUCAUUUUUGAAUUAAAUGUUUGUAUUUUCUGGAAUUAGCUGUAUUGGCAGUUUCAGUAAACUUCUGCAUUAGUUUCUCUCUUAUGAUGGUGAAUCAUGGAUGCUUUUGAUUCUACCUCAAAGUUUUAUUGUUAGGUCUUUUUAUAAUGGAAUAACUUUGUUGCCAAGAGAGAUAAACUUGAGAUAGCUAUAAAUCAAGAUUUCUCAUGAA